AAACGUAUUUGUAAUGGCGGCUUGAUUGUGUUGUGUGUGAUAGAUUUAUGAAAAAUACUAAAUUGUAGACUUAGUUUGUAAAAUUACUAAAAUAUUUAGGCUAAGUUACCGUUGUAGAUAGUAUUUUUUAUAUAAUUGAAACUACCAAUUGUUUUCAUUCAAACGCUGAAAAAUGUCAGAUACGAGUGAUUUGGACCGUCAAAUUGAGCAAUUGAAAAGAUGCGAAAUUAUUAUGGAGGCCGAGGUCAAGGCACUGUGUGCUAAGGCCCGGGAGAUUCUUGUGGAAGAAAGCAACGUCCAACGCGUCGACUCACCUGUAACUGUUUGUGGUGAUAUUCACGGUCAGUUCUAUGAUCUGAAGGAGUUGUUCAAAGUGGGUGGGGAUGUGCCGGAGACCAAUUACUUAUUCAUGGGUGAUUUUGUAGACCGAGGAUUCUAUUCAGUGGAGACUUUCCUGUUGCUACUGGCCUUAAAGGUGCGAUACCCAGACCGCAUCACACUCAUCCGGGGGAACCAUGAAUCCCGCCAGAUCACACAAGUAUAUGGCUUCUAUGAUGAGUGUCUCAGGAAAUAUGGAUCAAUCACUGUAUGGAGAUACUGCACAGAAAUCUUCGACUACCUCUCGCUGUCGGCUAUCAUCGAUGGGCGAAUAUUCUGCGUGCACGGCGGCCUCAGCCCGUCCAUACAGACCCUGGACCAGAUCCGCACCAUCGACCGCAAGCAGGAGGUGCCUCACGACGGACCCAUGUGCGACCUGCUGUGGAGCGACCCUGAAGACACGCAAGGCUGGGGCGUGUCGCCGCGCGGCGCCGGCUACCUGUUCGGCUCGGACGUGGUGGCGCAGUUCAACGUGUCCAACGACAUCGACAUGAUCUGCCGCGCGCACCAGCUCGUCAUGGAGGGGUACAAGUGGCACUUCAACGAGACGGUCUUGACUGUAUGGUCGGCGCCUAAUUACUGUUACAGGUGCGGAAACGUGGCAGCCAUACUGGAGCUGAACGAGAACCUGCAGCGAGAGUUCACGAUAUUCGAGGCGGCGCCGCAGGAGUCCCGGGGAGUCCCCUCCAAGAAACCUCAAGCCGACUACUUCUUAUAAUGUUGCUUACGAUAGACAAUUGAGGACGAGAGAAUCUAGUAUUACGGUUUUUAUUGUAGUGACAAAACAUUUCAAUGUGGACAUAAUUUUUAAUGUGAUCUUAAGACUGGUAAGUGUGGCCGAUCUGUGGAAACCCCCGGGAUGCGGCUGUUUUAGUGGUUAUUUUGUAUUUGCGGCGGCGGGAUAGUGUACAAAGUACUUGCUAAGAACUAGCAGUACUUAAGGAACAGUAUUUGUAAGCAAUGAAAAACGUAGUGCCUAUAUCUGUCUCCAGAUACUCCUCUGUUUUCAUCUUAUCAAAUAUGCGGAAGCAGCAAAUACAAAAUAAUCUAUUUGAGUUAACAGCUUUUGGUAAAACUGUACUAUUGAAAGCAUUAAGUUAUAAUUUUCUUCUAUAAUAUUAAGAAUGAUUCAGAAUGUAGUUGGUUAUGUUGGAAUCCAUAUCCCUCACCUCAAUUGAGAUUCCUGUACAACGGCAAUUCUGAAUAGAAUGUAUUGUUCAUGCCACAAAAAAUACAUACAUAGUCAAACAAUUCAAAUAUAAUAUCUUCCUGAACAAUAUGAUUUCCAUUCUACAUUACCGUCAAGCCUACGGCCAUUUCAAAUAUUUCAUAUUGCUAUUCAAUAUGUUAAAUGGCAAUAAGGUUUACUUUGCCAUUUACUUGAUGGUUAUCAUCUCCCAGCAGAUAUGGCAUGAACAGUACAUAAUUAUGUGAUGAACAAUGAAUAAAUGUAAUAAUUUAAGAAAUGAUUUAGUUUCCUUAGUUAGGUCAUGUUAGGUAAAGGAAGAUAGGUGUUUUUGUAAUGCUAAUUCAGACAGGAUAAAGUCACUGCCGAAUAACAAUAAACUGAUUUUGUAGAGAUUUGUUACAUAAUAAUGAUAAUAAACUACUCUGUCGUUAUAGUGUUUUACUAGUGUGAGAGAUCUCAUAGCGACUGUAUUGAACAAUUCCCGUUUUGUAAAAAACAAACAUCAGUAGGUAUUUAUUUUUUAAUCUUAAUGUUUUAGCUACAUUUCCUCUUCAUCAUAAACUCGUGCGUUAUAAGACUCCAUCACCUAGUGAAUGACUAACCAUUUGUAGGUUUUGGGGUGUCUCAGUAAAAUAAAUUGGUAUGUCUGUACCCACUCCACUUUUCUAUGGCAAUAUUGAAUUUGUAAGUAUAGUACCCCCGUGCAUUUUGACUUUCAUGUAAUGCAUAUUAUAUUUUAAUCCAUUCCUGUAAACUCUCAUUUUUAAAGCCAUAAUUUAACUAGUUUUAGUACUUACCUACCCAAAAAUAAAGCAACCCAGACAUUUUUUUGUAAUUAAAAUAACCUAGCCAUUAGCUAAAACACCUUUAAAUACAAAGUAUGUCUGUAGAUUUGCACAAAAUUUGCCAAAAUUUUAUUGUAACUACUUGUCUUAAAUUCUUUUGUAUUACCUAAUUUUACAUCAAUCAUUAAAAAUGAAAUAAGAGAAUCAAA